UUCCACGCACCGUAUACUGUGGCUUUAUGGUGUCGCCGCUGAACGGAGUCGGGCUCACGGGUCUCUGUGCUCCGGGACAGGGUCCGGAGAAAAGCAUCAGGAGAACAGGAGAUGAUGGAGUUCAUCACCGACAAGUUCUCCAUGAAGAGCGCUGCGGCCGUGAAGGGGAGCGAGUACUACGUGGGCUCCGGAGGCUCCCUGGACCAUGUCAUGGAUGGUUUGGAGAACACGCACUACUACAAGAGCUCGCCCAAGUGUCUCCAGGCCUUUCACACUCACAGCAGCAGCGAUCUUCGGCCCAGACUGGACCAGGCGUCUCCAUGCGAGGACCAUAGCGGGGAGCGAAACGCGCCCAACUACAGCCUUCUGAAGUCGGAGGGCGAUGCCCUGAGCGCCGAGCUGGGACGGUCCAUGGACUCGUGCUGCGCGGUGAGGGCCUCCCCUGCGGCGGCGGCGGCGGCGGCGGCGGGGGCGGCGACGUGCCACGGGAGCGCGGACGUGGACGAAGCGGGAGAGAAGUGCGACAGCAACGUGUCCAGCAGCAAGAAGCGGCGCCACCGCACCACGUUCACGAGCACGCAGCUCGAGGAGCUGGAGAAGGUCUUCCAGAAGACGCACUACCCGGAUGUUUACGUGCGCGAGCAGCUCGCCAUGAGGACGGAGCUCACCGAGGCGCGGGUGCAGGUGUGGUUUCAAAACAGAAGAGCGAAGUGGAGGAAAAGAGAGCGCUUCGGGCAGAUCCAGCAGGCAAAAAGUCACUUUGCAGCGACGUACGACAUAUCGGUACUGCCCCGAACGGACAGCUAUUCACAGAUUCCCAACAACUUGUGGAACGGCUCGGCCCCCAGCAGCCCCGCGGUGUCAUCCUGCGUACUUCCACGUGGGCCCUCCCCUUGUGUGACACCCUAUGCCCCCUCACCACACGGCGAACACGGCUACGUGGGAUUCCCCGGUCAGCAGGGGCAGUUUGGCCACGUCUCCCUCAACAGCUUUUUUGCGGACUCCCUGCUCACCUCCGCCCCCAGCGGGCAUACAUUUGAGGCCAAACCCGAGCUGGAGAGGAGGUCCUCCAGCAUCGCUGUACUACGCAUGAAAGCAAAGGAACACGCUGCCAACAUCUCCUGGUCCAUGUGAACGUUGGUAUGAAGAAAACUGCAGCACCGCAAUUAAGAACAAUCAUACGGCCUGGAUAGAGAGGUGUCAUUUAUUAUAAACCGAACAGCGGUAACGGGAAUGACGUAGAUGUACAUUUAUAUAUACCCUGGUAUACUGGAAAUCUGACUGAAGGAGCAACGCUUUCAAAAGAAAUCAUUCUUUUGUUUUUCAAAGGACAACGAAUGCAGUAAAUAGCAAACAGUUGCUUCAGUUUUACAGUUGAACAAUAUAUCAGUAAAAAUGAGUAAAGAUGUAGUAAAGAUGACAACCAUUCAGUGA